CUGCCGCUGCCGCCGGGCACCCAAGGCCACCAUGAAGAAGGAGGUGUGCUCAGUGGCCUUCUUCAAGGCCGUGUUUGCGGAGUUCCUGGCCACCCUCAUCUUCGUCUUCUUUGGCCUGGGCUCGGCACUCAAGUGGCCCUCGGCGCUGCCCUCCAUUCUGCAGAUCUCCAUCGCUUUUGGCCUGGCCAUAGGUACCCUAGCUCAAGCUCUGGGGCCUGUGAGCGGUGGCCACAUCAAUCCGGCCAUUACUCUGGCCCUCUUAGUAGGCAACCAGAUCUCGCUGCUUCGUGCUAUCUUCUACGUGGCAGCCCAGCUGGUGGGCGCCAUUGCUGGGGCAGGCAUCCUCUACUGGUUGGCGCCAAUCAAUGCCCGGGGCAACCUGGCCGUCAAUGCGCUGAGCAACAGCACAACGCCUGGCAAGGCCACAGUGGUGGAGCUGAUCUUGACCUUCCAGCUGGCUCUCUGCAUCUUCUCCUCCACCGACUCCCGCCGUACCAGCCCAGUGGGCUCCCCAGCUUUGUCCAUCGGCCUGUCUGUCACGCUGGGCCACCUUGUGGGGAUCUACUUCACCGGUUGUUCCAUGAACCCAGCCCGUUCCUUUGGCCCCGCGGUGGUCAUGGAUCGGUUCAGCCCCUCUCAUUGGGUCUUCUGGGUGGGGCCGAUUGUGGGGGCCGUCCUGGCUGCCAUCCUCUACUUCUACCUGCUCUUCCCCUCCUCCCUGAGCCUCAGCGAUCGUGUGGCCGUCGUCAAAGGCACCUACGAGCCGGACGAGGACUGGGAAGAGCAUCGGGAAGAGCGGAAAAAGACCAUAGAGCUGACGGCACACUGACCAGUGCAGGCAGGGGCCAGUCCCUCAUCCCUGAACUGCUGGCAAAGAAGAAGAAAACUAGACCUCCGAGUAUCUUUCCCAACCUCCCUCUUGGCGGGGAAGAGGCACUGGACCCACGCUGAAGAUAGGGAUGGAAGCAGAAGCCCACAGUGGGACACUCGGGUGGGGCCAGAGGCUGGAGUCUGACGGGGACAGGGUCUCUUCAGGAUUAGGCAGAAUGAAUGCCACGCGUCAGACCUCAGAGACUGUGAAUGCACUACCGAGCUCACAGACUGCCCAGGACCACACCAGAAAGGGGUGGUACAGUCUGCUAGGUCACCCAGCCCAAAGCCAGCCCCCAUGUGGGCAGAGGGGACACCCCCAGAACCCCUCAGCAGAGGAACAGAUGGUUCAUUGAAUACCAUCCUAUUUAUUUUCGGUCAAGGAUGGGGGAGCUGGUUUUGGG